CUCUUCAUCGUUCGCAGAGUCCUCGGCGUCUCGGAUGACAUCUGGCUCCUUGAACCUGGGCAGAAGCUCAACUCAAGGAAACAUCUUGUCAGCCCCACUGCACCUUCCCAACGCUCUUCGAAAUGGCUUCGAGCACUCGUUCACACCUGCCACGACCGUCAACUCGAAAGAACAAGCGGCAGGGUUGCAGGAACAAGCGGCCAUCCCUCAGCUCUGGUUUCAACUUCUCUACUCGACAUUCACUUACAUCAGCAGCAGAUGGACGGCCAUCAAAAACGAAAAGCACAAUGA